UUCCAAACCAACCUUGUUACUGCGACCCUGUCUUACCCACUCUCGAAGUCCUUUCGACUGACCAACCAUCCCGAAUCUUGAGCGAAUUCAGCACUAAACAUAACCAAACCGAACCCAUUCAAACACACCAUUCUGAAUUAAGCAGACGAGGUGAACACGCUUCGUCACAUUCGGGAUUUGCCACAGUCCGGACUCGCAGAGAAGGCAUCUGCACCAUUGUCAACUCCUCCGUCCCUCCAAACACCAUCCACUACCGGCUCUCUUCCUCAUUAUGCUUCAACUUCACCCAGUGAUUCUCCUUUCACGCUCUCUUCAGAAGUCUUCAGCCAAUCGGGCAACCUUCUAUGCAACAUAUGCGGAAAGACCUUCAUCAAGGCACACGCGCGAAACCAGCACCGCAAGGGUCAUAGCCGAGACUGGAAGUGCGCCGAGAAUGGCUGCAACCACGCAUGCGAUACCAAAGCUCACCUCAAAAAGCAUGUUCACGAAAAGCAUCACGCGGACCCAACGCGGACAUACAAGUACGGUCAUCCAUAUGACCGUCGGGCCAACUACAAGCGGCACUGUAAGGCUUAUGCGAAGUUCCAUAGGCAUGAGCUCGGCUGAACUUGAUGCUGGUGGAGGAUUUGAUUGGAGCUUGCUUGGCUAUAAUGUCUGA